UCAUCUAAUAUUCAAUCUAUCCAUAAAUUUAAAAUGCCUGGUAUUUUUGAUUGGUUAAAUAAGCCACUAAAUAUAAUAGAUGAUAUAUUUGUUAAAGAUCCAGUCAAUUAUUCUGAUAAAGUUAAUAAUUUAUUUAAUAGUCUUAUUCAGAAUUCAUUAACAGAAAAAGAAAUACCUAUUUUUAAAUGGGAAAAUGUAGAAUCACAGACAAAUAAACAAUUUAGCUUAGUUAAAUUUUAUUGCAUGGUUUUGGAUAUUUUGAAUCCUUCAUUGUAUUUUGAAAAAUGUGAAGUGAAAAAUAAUAUACAAGAUAUCAUUAAUUUUAAUUCAUUAAAUAUAAAUGACAAUAUUGAAUUACCACCUUCCACUAAAUUAGUCUGUGGCAAAUAUCGAAAUAAAAUUGAUUUGGACAUGGCACACCUAAAAACUUCUAGGAAAAUUGAUCAAGAUAUAUUUUUUGAUAGGGAAUCAAAAAUUAGUAUUGAUGAAGAUUCUCCAAAUAAUAAGCUAGGAGAUGUAGAUAAUUUUAUUGUUGUCCCCAUUCAUACAUUUGUUGAUUUUGAAUGUGCUGAUAAUUUAAAAGCAGGUGAGACUCUUAAUAACAAACUUGAAUGUUGUUUAAUAAAAAUUUAUGAUGAUAAACUAAAUGAUAGUAUAUAUUCACUGAAACUUAAUCAGAUUAUCAAAGUUUAUGGUAUUUUAAGUUGGGAUAAUAUAUUAAAUUUAGAAGGAAAAAGUGAUGAAAUGACUUUUGAAAAUGUGACAUCUAAGUUGACUACAAAUUGUACAGUUCAUGUGAUACAUUUUGAAAAAACUUAUUUUUCAAAGGAAUAUUCCCACUUGUCACCUUUUACAACUGAAAAUAUAAUGAAUAUAAAGACCAACAUUAAAAAUCAUUAUGAAUUAUUGAUCUCUAUGAUCAACGAAACACUCUUCGAUUCUAAAGAUAUCAUGACAUCCAAUUACCUAGCUUUUCUCCUACUUGUCAAAGAACCCACUAUUACCCAAUCAAAUAGAAUGGAAAAUCUACUGACCCGUUAUUUUUGCGCCAAUAUUAUGCACGUAGACGCUACGGAAACUCCGAUUAUAGCAUCUUUUAACGAUGGUCUAAUUAAUCUAAUCAAAUGCUUAUCACCUAUUUCCUCCCAAUUGAAUCUUAAUUCUAGAAUAUACGAAAAACCUCUGUACCCUUAUAAGAUUUACAAUGAUGAUACAAUAAAUAUCGAUAAUAAAAUUGACAAGCAAUUAGAAGAAUCUAAGGAUGACCAAUAUUGCAGCCUAUUUCAGAGUACUUUGCAUUAUUCGCCCUUGCAAUUACCUCAUUAUACAUUUUUAACCAUAAACGAAACCAAUUUAAAUACCGAAAAUAGAAAUGUGCCAUCUACUACAAUCGGACAAAAAAAUUUUAAUGUACUUUCUCAACUGGCCAGAAAUCAAAAAUUGGAAUACGAUUUUAAAUACUAUUCGUUGCACAUGGACACUUAUUUUAAAAUAUUGCUUAUAUCCAAGGGAGGACCUUCAAUAAUCAAUCCGGACACCUAUAUCUUACCUCUGCAACCUUUUGAACUUUCAGAAUUUUUCAAAGGGAGUGGCACAAUAAAUUCGUCUAGCCAGGAUUUUAUUAAAAAUCGAUUAAUUGAAAAAUUUGAUCUGGAGAAUUUUGCCAAUAUCACCCAUUUUGUAAGAUUUAUCAAUACUUUAACAGCUCAUGACGAUAUCAAUGCUAAAUAUGGAUUACUAAGUGAGGAAGUUAAAAACCAAAUUGUGGCUGAUUUUGUUGAUAUUCGAAAAAAUAACGUUAAAGAUAUGUCCGUCGAUGACAUGCACCGAAUUUUAACUUUGGCCAGGUACCAUUCACUGUGCAAAUGUCAAGAUGUUUCCUUUGAAGAUUGGAAUUACACAAAAAAAUUGGAGAAAGAAAGAAAAGAACGUUUAAUAAAUUGUAAAAUAUAGUGAUUUAGG